GAUUGCUCCUGUCUGGCGGCGGCAGCAUGGCGGCGGCGGCGGUGCAGGAGGUCGGCUCAGCCCAGCAGUUUGAGGAGCUGCUGCGCCUCAGAGCCAAGUCCCUCGUUGUGGUCCAUUUUUGGGCGCCAUGGGCCCCGCAGUGCGCUCAGAUGAACGACGUCAUGGCAGAGCUGGCCAGAGAGCACCCGCAGGUCUCGUUCGUGAAGUUGGAAGCUGAAGCUGUUCCUGAAGUAUCUGAAAAAUAUGAAAUUAGUUCUGUUCCCACCUUUCUGUUUUUCAAGAAUUCUCAGAAAAUUGACCGAUUAGAUGGUGCACAUGCCCCAGAAUUGACCAAAAAAGUCCAGCGGCACGGCUCCGUGGGCUCCCUGCCCGCCGGCGGGAGCGGGCAGCCCAAGGAGGACCUCAGCGCGCGCCUCAAGAGGCUGACGCACGCCGCCCCCUGCGUGCUGUUCAUGAAGGGGACUCCGCAGGAGCCGCGCUGCGGUUUCAGCAAGCAGAUGGUGCAGAUUCUCAACAGACACAACAUUCAGUUCAGCAGCUUCGACGUCUUCUCAGAUGAGGAAGUGCGCCAGGGCCUCAAAACCUUCUCCAACUGGCCCACCUAUCCCCAGCUCUACGUUUCUGGCGAGCUCAUAGGAGGACUCGACAUAGUCAAGGAGCUGGAAGCGUCCGGAGAACUCGACACCGUUUGCCCCAAAGCCCCCAAAUUAGAGGAACGGCUCGCAGCCCUGACGCGGAAAGCCCCCGUGAUGCUCUUCAUGAAGGGCAGCAGGCAGGAGGCCAAGUGUGGAUUCAGCAAACAGAUCCUGGAAAUACUGAAUAGCACCGGUGUGGACUAUGAGACAUUCGACAUAUUGGAGGAUGAAGAAGUUCGGCAGGGACUGAAGACGUUCUCCAGCUGGCCCACGUACCCGCAGCUGUACGUGAGAGGGGAGCUCGUCGGAGGGCUGGACAUCGUCAAGGAACUGAAAGAAAACGGCGAGUUGCUGUCCACACUGAAAGGGGAAAACUAGUAAACGUUACAGGUGGCCCGAGUGCAGGAAAUGCCCUCCGACAGCGGAGCAGCCCGCGGCCAGGCCUCCCCGUGGACGCGGAGGGGGGCCUCGUCCCGGCUUCGCCCUGCGGGCCUGCGCCCCACGGGCUGUGCUAAAUACAUGUAUGUUACAUUUUUUUCCACCAAAAAUAGAAUUCAAUAAACAUCCUUAAAUUCAGCGAAAA